UUUCCGCCCAGGCGCCGAUCGCAGGGGUCGACCACCGGGGGCGGGGCUCCGGGCCCGGCGCCCUCUGCGGGGAGAGCCGAGGCGCGGCUAGGGUCGCAAGGGCCGACAGCAACAGGAGGUCCAGGGGGGUGGGCGGUUGGGAAAAAAUCAUCUUCGCCCGCGAAGCACCGAUGCGUGCUGCGGAGAGCACCUGGAGGGAGGAUGGCAGGCAGGACUGCCGGCGGCGGGAGGACGCCGACCGUGCCCGACCGCGGUGGUCACCCGCGCCCGGGGGGCUUCCGCACGGCGGCUCCGGAUGGCGGGCCCUUGGGCUUGGCCUUCGUGUUCUUGCACUCCUCGGGGAUGUGCCGCUCGGCCUGCUGCUGGCCGAAGCGCCUGCCGCAGUGUGGGCACGGCACGCGGUCGUCCAUCUCUGGGGCGGUGGCCUUGGGUGGCGGCAGGUCGCGGAGGUCCCGGCCCUCCU